UCAUGGCAUUAGCUGAGACACGCAACACACUCGAGCUUCAAACAACCCUCUCUCUGUGUCUCUUGGGCUCCGCGAAAAUAUACUAUGUCUGUCGAAUCCUAUACAUUGCAUUUAGAUUCUAUUCUUCUUCGCUUUGGCUCAGCUCCUUUGCUUUGCGUACAGACUUGUACAAAGAAACAGUAGUGAGGUCUCGUAUUUUGUUUCUAUCUUUCUUUCUCUGUCGGUGAACUGAGCAUCGUGGACUGUGCAGUCGUCGUUUUGCGGCGAGGAAAUGUUGCUUUCUGGCUUCAGCUUUAUGAAGAUUUUCUCGUUUACCAGCAGUAUUGCUGUACGGAGGUUCCUGUUUUAGGAGCUCUCUCUGCUCGCUCUGGAUUCCCUUUCUUAUUAGGCAAUACACGCUGUUCUUUUAGCUUAAAACAGAGAAAAAGAUAGAUAGAUAGAGAGACUUUUGAGCUUGAAAUGUAGUAAUAUUUUGGCGAAAUGCAGAUUUGGGUUUGAGAGAUUUUCGAGUUUUUGGAGGUGGGUUUGAUGGGGAUUUUGGGUUUGUGAUAGAAAGGAGUUUCAUUUUUUGAGUUUUGGGUUUUUGUGAAAGGUGUUUGUAAGGGUUUUGGGGUUUGUUGGAGAAAUGGAUGAGAAUACAGGGCAAACUUUGUCGUCUCUAGCGAUUACUGAGAAGAGAACGCAUAGGCCUGGUGGUUGUGUUGGGAUUUUCUUUCAGCUUUUCGAUUGGAACCGUAGGUUCGCCAAGAAAAAGCUCUUCUCUAAGAAAUUGCUUCCUCCAGCUCGUGCAAAACAAGCUUCAAAGAAGUUUAAAGGGGAUGAGAAGAUGCCCAUUUCCAAGCUACAAUUGAUUGCUGAUGAAAAUAGUGGGGGUUUCCCAAAUGUGAAGAAGAAUGGGAAUCGUAGUGUAGAUUUAGAGAGAAAGCAUGAAAUGAAGGCUCCAAGUUUGGUUGCUAGGCUAAUGGGUCUUGAGUCUAUGCCAGCUGUGCAUCGAGAUAAACCUAAGAAACCUUCAUUUUCUGAUGGUAAUGUUAAUGGGGAUGAGAAUUUUGUAGGUAAUCAUGGUGGGUUUGAUAAGGAGUUGAAUUUGGAGAAAGGAGGUGGGAAGCAGGAAUCGAGGCCUCAGAAGCUUCAAAAGACGGGGCCAUUUGAGAGAAGGGUGGUUACUAGGUUUGGAGCUGAGGCAUUGCAGAUUAAGAGUGUUUUGUCUCGGUCAAGAAAGCACCAUCAUCAUCACCCGAAGCUUGCUUCUCCCGUGAAGAGUCCAAGGAUUUCCUCUGGGAGGAAUGUGUCUCGAAGCUCUCGGUUAAUUGGUGCUGCCGCCAGGAUUUUGGAACCAGGGUUGCAAGCUACAAGCAGAGCAAAAUGUGCUAUUACUUAUUCGAGUUCUAUGCAUUAUUCUCCAAGUGAUGAGAUUAUAUCACCAGAGACAUGGAAACAAUCUAGUUGUAAUACAAGUUCAGCAAAGCCUUUGAUGGGGCAGACUUCUUGUAGAAAUUGUGGCAAUUUGGUGGAUUUUGGAGCAACUACUGAGGAGCAUCCCUCUGCUUGUUUUGGUUCAAACUUUGUCAAUGCCUCUUCUCAGGAUUCAAGAUGGAGUAUACCAAGGCCACCAGUAUCCUCCUAUGAGCAUGAAACAGAUGUGGUUUUUCAGAAAAGUAAAGACCAGGCUGUUUCUCUUGUUUCUCAAGAAAAGGACAAUAUGAGAUUCUGUAAUGAACCAAUUACAGAAAGAGUGCCUCCAUUGCAUGAAGGUCAAGGACAAUGGCAUUUGUCGAGCCAAACAUGCAAGCCUCCAAAGGAUGAAUCAUCUUCCAUUGUAUUUAAGCACAGGAUGCAAACACAGGAUCCUACGUUGUUGGGCAGGGAUAGAAUCCCGACUACAUCUAAACUAAGUAGUCUGCAGAGUCGAAGAGUCUCAUCAGCUGGAAAUGCCGCUGGUGGGACCAAAGAUUUUGUUGCUUUGAACCGAAGUUUAAGUGGUCGAGCCAGGCCAAGGGUGCCUACCAAAGUGGACAGUUCUAGGUUUGACACAGAGAGGAAGGCUUGUAAUGGAAGGGGUGAAUCAUUGUCACAGUUAAGGACUCCAGUACGAAAAAGGAGGACAAUAAAUGUCAGUGGGCAAUCUGAAAGUACAGGUUUUGUCAGUUCAACUAUUGCAAAGCAAAGAAAUGUUCAGUGUGGUACUUUGACUGGAAAAGGCAUGGGACUUAAUACUCACUCAAACCAUAAUCGUGUCAAAAGUAGAUUAGCCCAUCAGGGAGAUGGAAAAGGAGCUGAGGGAAAUAAGGAAACUGAUGUUAUUUCUUUUACCUUUAAUUCCCCAAUGAGGCAGAAGGCUGCCAUUCCCGUUGAAAUGGAGGAGAAAAGAAGGAAUGAAGAUGGAAAUAUGUCUUUUCAAAAUCCAUUGACAUUAAGAGGAGAUGCUUUAGGGGCCCUCCUGGAACAAAAAUUGAAGGAAUUGACUUCUCAAGAAAAUGAUGAGUUAUCAACUGGUGCUCCAACAGUUGCUAUGAUUCUCCAAGAGUUAAUAGCUGCCUUGACUGCAGACCAAUCUUUGUCUCAGGAUGGUCAUACUAACAUGUUCAAUAAGGAUUUAGUUUUUGAGAAUGAAGCAAAGAUGGAAAGGUUUCUUGGAAGUUCGCGAGAAGGUCAUCAUCUUAGCCCUGGAUCUGUUCUUGAAGCUUCAUUCUCUUCUAGUAGUCUGGAUGAAAGCCCAGUUCCGGGACAUAGGUUGUGCCCUGACUCCAUGGAUUACUCCUAUGAUCAGUUACAACCAUCGGAAUCUGAUGUGGAUCUCUUAGAUUCUGCAACCUCAUUGGAUAAAGGGAGAACUGAUAGUAAGUUGUUGAUCAAUUUUGUCAGGAAUGUCUCUAAAAUCUUGCAGAGCCAUUGGAAUAUUUCUGAGGAAAGGUUAACUGGAAGUGAACUUGCCCAUGCAAACGAGAAAAUCUUGAAUGCUGAACUGUUGUUCCGAACUCGAACUGCACAUAAUUUAGAUGGAAUGGAAGGUUUUGUCAUUAGCCCCCAUCUCCUUGACGAAUUGGAAUCUUUUGCUCGUGUUGCAUGGACAGAUUCCAAUGGCUUUAUAGGUUUGGAGGACACCAAAGCAGGAAACCACCUCAGGGGAUUUCUUUUUGACUGUAUCAUAGAAUGUUUAGACUCAAAAUAUGGUCGAUACUGUAAUUCUGGAUUCAAGGCGUGGUCAAGACUUCCAUUAUGUAUGAAUACAAAGACAUUGAUUCAAGAUGUUGUGAAGGAGGUUAGAAGGUGGACAGGUUUGGCUGGGAUGGUUCCUGAUGAGAUAAUAGAAUGGGAGAUGAGUUAUUCCUUGGGGAAAUGGACAGAUUUUGAUAUCGAAGCAUUUGAGACUGGCAAUGAAAUUGAUGGGGACAUACUUCAAAAUUUGGUUGAGGAAAUUGUGAUGGAUCUUUUGGAUUGCAGGUCACGUUCCUUCUGAACUUAGUAUAUGUGCUGCAAUUUUUUUGUUCUUUUUGAUUGGUUAAUGCGACCCUCUAGAACUUCUCUGCCUGUUAACUGAAGCAAGACACGUAUUUUGUAAAAAUUGAAUGAUGUGUUUAUUGAAAGUGGCUACUGCAUUUGUAGAUUAGCAUUGUAGUACAUGGCUUCCUGAAUGUAACUUGUCUUUAAAUAGGCCAACAAUUUGUAAUGGUUUUUUUUAAUCAAUGGUAAGUUAGGUUAUGAAAGCAGUUCAAGAA